GAAUCUGGGAGUGGGGCAGGAUCCAUUCCUUGGUCUCUUUUCCAUUCCAUCUCUUACCCCUCUCCCUGGCUGCUGUUUCAGAUGCGGGGACCACCUUUGGAGAUGGAAGCUGCAAUCCCUGAGGCAGAAGGAGCUUCCUUGGAGCAGGGGCAGAGGGGGCAGGCGGUGGAGCGUGCCCAAGAUGCCCUCUCCUGUGGAACAGGCAGUGAAGAGAUGCUGUUGAACCGUUGUCUUUUCAGAGAGGUGGAAACAGCUGCUGCACCUCCAAUCCAGGGUCCAUUUUCCUUGGAGGAGGUGUCUGUCUCUUUCACGGAGGCAGAGUGGGCCCUGCUGGAUCCGGGACAAAGAGCUCUGUACAGGGAAGUCAUGCUGGAGAACUAUGGGAACGUGGCCUUUCUGGCAAAAGAAGCCAGAAGUAUAAAAGAGACUGUGGUGGAGAAAGAGAACGGCCUUGCAUUUGAAGAAAGCCCGGGGAGUUCUUCUAGAGGAUUCCGAGAGCAUAUUUCCUUCCCAAAUGAGUUGGCUGAGACAGAGGAUGAUCAGAGGAAUGAGGAGAGUGAGGAACUUCAUCAGGAAAUGCCACAUAAAGUUAAAAAUGAAGGCUUGAACGAAAAUGUCAGGAAUCAAGGCGGACUCAACAGAAACAAAGGCGUCAGUACGAUUGAAAACCACGAUGGAAGAAAGCAGAACAUACGUCUUCCAAAGCAAAGGGUAAUGAAGGCAAGCAAAUCCAUUAAGAAUUUCACAAAUAGACCACAGCUCUUUUUGAACCAAAGUAUGCGCAGAGAGGCGAAACCAUCUGAAUACUCAGAGACAAGAAAUAACUUUAGUCAGAUUAGCAUUCUUCAGCUGCACCAAAAAACCCACACUGGAGAGAAAACUUUUGAAUGCUUAGAGUGUGGAAGGAGAUUCAGUCAGAGUGACAAUCUUCAACUGCAUCAGAGAACUCACACAGGGGAGAAACCUUUUCAGUGCUCAGAGUGUGGAAAGCGAUCCAGUACGAGUGGCAGUCUUCAACGUCAUCAGAGAAUCCAUACUGGGGAGAAACCUUUUGAAUGCUCAGAGUGUGGAAAGAGAUUCAGUUACAGUGGCAGUCUUCAAAAGCAUCAUAGAACCCACACAGGGGAGAAACCUUUUGAGUGUGCAGAGUGUGGAAAGAGAUUCAGUCAGACUGGCCAUCUUCAGUAUCAUCAGAGAACUCAUACAGGGGAAAAACCUUUUGAAUGCUCAGAGUGUGGAAAGAGAUUCAGUACAAGCAGCAAUCGUCAGUAUCAUCAACGAACCCACACAGGCGAGAAACCUUUUGAAUGCUCAGAGUGUGGAAAGAGAUUCAGUACAAGCAGCAAUCGUCAAUAUCAUCAGAGAACCCACACAGGGGAGAAACCUUUUGAAUGCUCAGAGUGUGGAAAGAGAUUUAGUCGGAGUGGCAAUCUCCAAUAUCAUCAAAGAACCCACACAGGUGAGAAACCUUUUGAAUGCUUAGAGUGUAGAAAGAGAUUCAGUACAAGCAGCAGUCUUCAAUAUCAUCAGAGAACCCACACAAGGGUGAAACCUUUUGAGUGCUCAGAGUGUGGAAAGAGAUUCAGUAUGAGUGGCAAUCUCCAAUUUCAUCAAAGAACCCACACAGGAGAGAAACCUUUUGAAUGCUCAGAGUGUGGAAAGAGAUUCAGUCAGAGUGGCAGUCUUCAAAAGCAUCAUAGAACCCAUACAGGGGAGAAACCUUUUGAGUGUUCAGAGUGUGGAAAGAGAUUCAGUCAGAGGAGUCAUCUUCAACAUCAUGAGAGAAUUCAUACAGGGGAGAAACCUUUUGAGUGCUCAGAGUGUGGAAAGAGUUUCAGUACGAAUGGCAGCCUUCAAGAGCAUCAUAGAACCCACACAGGGGAGAAACCUUUUGAAUGCUCAGAGUGUGGAAAGAGAUUCAGUCAGAGUAGCCAUCUUCAACAUCAUCAGAGAACUCAUACAGGGGAGAAACCUUUUCAAUGCUCAGAGUGUGGAAAGAGAUUCAAUCAGCGUAGCCAUCUUCAACAGCAUCAGAGAACUCAUACAGGGGAGAAACCUUUUGAGUGCUCAGAGUGUGGAAAGAGAUUCAGUGAAAGGAGGAAUCUUCAAGAUCAUCGGAGAACCCACACAGGGGAGAAACCUUUUGAAUGCUCAGAGUGUGGAAAGAGAUUCAGUCAGAGUGGCCAUCUGCAGUAUCAUCAGAGAACCCACACAGGGGAGAAAUUUUUUGAAUGCUCAGAGUGUGGAAAGAGAUUCAGUCACAGUGGCAAUCUUCAGCAGCACCAGAGAACCCACACAGGAAUUAAAACUUUUGAAUGCUUAGAGUGCAGAAAGAAAUUUAGUACGAGUGGCAGUCUUAAACAUCAUCAGAGAACCCACACAGGGGAGAAACCUUUUGAAUGCUCAGAGUGUGGAAAGAGAUUCAGUCAGAGUGGCCAUCUUCAACAUCAUCAGAGAACUCAUACAGGGGAGAAACCUUUUGAGUGUUCAGAGUGUGGAAAGAGAUUCCGUGAGAGAGGCCAUCUUCAACGGCAUCAGAGAACUCACACAGGGGAGAAGCCUUUUGAAUGCUCAGAGUGUGGAAAGAGAUUCAUUCAGAGGGGCCAUCUUCAGCAUCAUCAGAGAACUCAUAUAGGGGAGAAACCAGAGUGUGGAAAGAGAUUCAGAUCUCAUCUCCGAGUGCUGGAAAAAGAGGAGGAUGGUUUGCAGAAGAGAUCUGAGCUGAGCGAGGGGCCGUUGAACCCUCAAAUGGUGGAAAAAACAUAUUUUUGUUCUUAUUGUGGGCAGCCAUUUCAAGGGACUUCAGCCUUGAUGGCGCAUGAGAGAACUCAUAUAGGUGAGCGCAUAUACAAGUGCUCGCAGUGUGAGAGAACCUACAGUUGCCUUUCUGACCUCCUCACACACCGGAAGAGCCACGCGGGAGAGAAGCCCCAUCGAUGUGCUUCGGAUGGAGGCCACGGAUCCAGUCAGAAUGCCCCCCCGCCCCAAGGAGCCCGUCUGGCAGAGAAGGGAGAAGCCUCUCUUCAGAGCCAAAUGACUGAAGGCAUCUUUCCACAAUCAGAGGUGGCCCAAGAGAAGGGAAAGGAGAUGGAAGAGCAGGACCCAGAAGGACCUGGAACUGGCAAGAGAGCAAGGAAAAGCCCUCACUCCACCCCAGCUGGAAGUGGUGCUGAAUUCUGGGAAAGGACUGUGCCAGAGGUCAUGUCUAAAGACACCCUGACCUCAGAUGUGCAUGGCCAACACUUCCGGCAGUUCCGCUACCGUGAGGCCGAUGGGCCCCGAGAGGUUUGCAGCCAGCUCCAUGGACUUUGCAGCCAGUGGCUGAAGCCGGAGAGGCACACCAAGAAGCAAAUCCUGGACCUGGUGAUCCUGGAGCAGUUCCUGACCAUCCUGCCCCAGGAAAUGCAGUGCUGGGUCAGAGGAUGUGGGCCGGAGACCAGUUCCCAGGCGGUGGCCCUGGCCGAAGGUUUCCUCCUGAGUCAGGCAGAGGAGAAGAGGCAGGCAGAACAGAUGCAGGGACCACCUUUGGAGAUGGAAGCUGCAAUCUCUGAGGCAGAAGGAGCUUCCUUGGAGCAGGGGCAGAGGGGGCAGGUGGUGGAGCGUGCCCAAGAUGCCCUCUCCUGUGGCAGUGAAGAGAUGCUGUUGAGCCUUCGUCUUUUCAGCGGGGUAGAAACGGCUGCUGCACCUUCAAUCCAGGAUCCCUUUUCCUUGGAGGAGGUGUCCAUCUCUUUCACGGAGGCAGAGUGGGCCCUGCUGGAUCCGGGACAAAGAGCUCUGUACACGGAAGUCAUGCUGGAGAACUAUGAGAAUGUGGUCUUUCUGGAGGAUGAUCAGAGGAAUGAGGAGGGUGAGGAACUUCAGCAGCACAUCACAAAUAGAAUUAACAAUGAAGAGCUGAACAAAAAUGUCAGGAAUCAAGGCAGACCCAAGAGAAAGAAAGGCGUCAGUGUGCUUGAAAGCCAUGAUGGAAGAAAGCGGAAUAUACGUUUUCCAAAGCACAGGAUAAUGAAGGAAAACAAAUCCAUUCAGUCUGCAAAGUAUCUCAGAAAUAGAUCACAGCUCUUUUUGAACCAAAGUAUACACAGAGAAGAAAAACCUUCUGAAUACUCAGAGACAAAAAAUAAAUUUAGUCAGAGUAGCAUUCUUCACCUGCACCAAAAAACCCACACAGGAGAGAAAACUUUUGAAUGCUCAGAGUGUGGAAAGAGAUUCAGUAAAAGCGGCAAUCUUCACAAACAUUAUAGAACCCACACAGGGGAGAAACCUUUUGAAUGUUCAGAGUGUGGAAAGAGAUUCAGUCAGAGUUACAAUCUUGCACAGCAUCAGAAAACCCACACAGGGGAGAAACCUUUUGAAUGUUCAGAAUGUGGAAAGAGAUGCAGUACAAGUGGCAAUCUUCAAUAUCAUCAGAGAACCCACACAGGGGAGAAACCUUUUGAAUGCUCAGAGUGUGGAAAGAGAUGCAGUACAAGUGGCCAUCUUCAAGAUCAUCAGAGAACCCACACAGGGGAGAAACCUUUUGAAUGCUCAGAGUGUGGAAAGAGAUUCAGUCAGAGUAGCCAUCUUCAACAUCAUCAGAGAACUCAUACAGGGGAGAAACCUUUUGAAUGCUCAGAGUGUGGGAAGAGAUUCAGUCGGAGUGGCCAUCUUCAAUAUCAUCAGAGAACCCAUACAGGGGAGAAACCUUUCGAAUGCUCAGAGUGUGGGAAGAGAUUCAGUCAGAGUUUCAGUCUUCAACAGCAUCAGAAAACCCACACAGGGGAGAAACCUUUUGAAUGCUCAGAGUGUGGGAAGAGAUUCAGUCGGAGUGGCCAUCUUCAAUAUCAUCAGAGAACCCACACAGGGGAGAAACCUUUUGAAUGCUCAGAGUGUGGAAAGAGAUUCAGUCAGAGUGGCAAUCUUCAAGAUCAUCGGAGAACCCACACAGGGGAGAAACCUUUUGAAUGCUCAGAGUGUGGAAAGAGAUUCAGUCAGAGUGGCCAUCUUCAGUAUCAUCAGAGAACCCACACAGGGGAGAAACCUUUCGAAUGCUCAGAGUGUGGAAAGAGAUUCAGUCACAGUGGCAAUCUUCAGCAGCACCAGAGAAUCCACACAGGAGUGAAAACUUUUGAAUGCUUAGAUGUGGAAAAAAAUUCAGUAGGAGUGACAGUCUUCAACAGCAUCAGAGAACCCACACAGGGGAGAAGCCUUUUGAAUGCUCAGAGUGUGGAAAGAGAUUCAGUCGGAGUGACAGUCUUCAACAACAUCAGAGAACCCACACUGGGGAAAAGCCUUUUGAAUGCUCAGAAUGUGGAAAGAGAUUCAGUCAGAGUAGCAAUCUUCAAGAGCAUCAGAGAACCCACACAGGAGAGAAGCCUUUUGAAUGCUCAGAAUGUGGAAAGAAAUUCAGUUGGAGUGGCAGUCUUCGACAGCAUCAGAGAACCCACACCCGCCGCAACACACUGUCGACUCAUGUUCAGCGUAUGA